GUGGCAUUGAGAUUGUAUUCCUCAGUUCCAAUCAAGCAGGCCUAUGGGGAUGGAGAGUAAAGUUAACUGUUAAUCAAAACAACAAGGAAAAGCUCUGCAUUAUAUAACAAUGGGUAGAGGACAGUCUGGCGAUGAUUCAAUUACAAAGCCUGGAUGUAGUAUCUUGUGGUUCCGUCAUGGUCUGCGCCUACAUGAUAACCCUGCACUACAAGAGGCAAUCAAAGAUUGUGAGAAACUCUACCCAGUGUUCAUAUUUGAUGGACAAGUUGCUGGUACCAGCACUUCAGGUUAUAACCGCACCAGGUUCCUACUAGAAUGCUUAGAAGACCUAGAUAGGCAGUUCAAAGAUGCUGGGGGUCGCUUAUAUGUUUUAUAUGGCAAACCAGUCGAUGUAUUUAGAGAAAUUCAUCAGGAAUGGGGUGUGACAAAAAUUUGCUUUGAACAAGAUCCAGAGCCUAUCUGGCAGAACCGUGAUGCCCUUGUGAGAGAUUUUUGCAAAAGCGCUGGAAUUGAAUGUGUUGAGAAAAUCGGCCACACUCUAUGGAACCCAAAAGACAUUAUAUCUGAGAAUGGUGGUAUGCCCCCUCUGACUUAUGAAAAGUUUAACGCUAUCACCAGUCUGAUUGGUCCGCCGCCUCGCCCUACAGAGAGACACUCAUUCAUCAGUGUAAAGCUUCCAGUUGAGCCAGAUCACGAUGAAAGACAUUCCAUUCCUUCAUUGGAGAAACUAGGAAAAGAGCCAGAAUUGCCAGAGCAGCUAAUGAGAAUUAAUCAGUGGAAAGGUGGUGAGAGUGAAGCAAGAAAACUGUUCAAAAUUCGUAUGAGGGAUGAAGAGGAGGCAUUUAAGAAGGGAUUCAUGAUGCCUAACCAGUUCAAGCCUAACAUGGCUGCUCCUCCAACUAGUAUGGCAGCACAUUUACGUUUUGGAUGUAUUUCUGUCCGUGAAAUGUACUGGGCUAUCCAUGACACAUUUGAGAAGGUUCGUAAAGAAGAUUCUCCAACUCAGUUGACAGGUCAGUUAGUGUGGCGGGAAUUUUUCUACACAAUGUCUGUUGGAAACAAGGACUAUGACAAAAUGGCCCCCAACCCUAUUUGUCUUGACAUUCCUUGGUAUGAGAACAAGGAACAUUUGAAACUAUGGGAGCAGGGCCAAACAGGAUUCCCCUUCAUUGAUGCGUGUCAGAGGCAGAUGUUACAAGAAGGAUGGGUUCACCAUGUAGGACGUCACGCUACGUCAUGUUUCCUGACACGUGGUGACCUCUGGAUUAGCUGGGAGGAGGGGCUUAAGGUUUACUUGAAAUACAUGCUUGAUGCUGAUUGGUCAGUGUGUGCUGGGAACUGGAUGUGGGUGUCCAGUUCUGCAUUCGAGAAAGUUCUUCAAUGCCCUAGUUGUCUGGAUCCUGUUAAAUAUGGAAUGAGAAUGGACUCCAAGGGGGAAUUUGUCAGGCGCUAUGUUCCAGAGCUACGAGAUAUGCCGUUGCGGUAUUUAUUCAGUCCUUGGCUAUCUCCCCUCAAUAUUCAGAAAAAGGCAAACUGCAUCAUAGGAACUGACUAUCCAAAGCCAAUGGUGAACCAUAAAGAGGUAGCAGCAAAAAAUGCUGACAUGAUGCUCAAAGUAAAACAGGCACAUGAAAAUAAAGUGACCUCUAUAUGUGCUCCUUCUAACUCAGACGAGGUGAGAAAAUUUAUGUGGCUACCGACAUCUCAAGAGAAGGGGUUGCCUUCCUGUACUGCAGAUGAUUUCUGCAAAGCUGUUGAGAACUUGUAAAGUGUAAGGGGUCAUCUGAAGUUUUGCACUGAAUUCAAUAACUAAUCAUGUGAACUGCUAGAGUACCCAAUCUCUGACUCUGAAAUGGCGUACAUUGUAUUUGCAAGUGCAAGAUUCUGUGAAAACAUGAUUAUUGAACAAACAAGUCUCAAAGCAAAGAAACUGUAGGAAUGAAUGCGAAGCAUGAGUCGUCACCAAGGGUGCAGUUAUAACUAAACGUCACUAGAGUUUGGUCAAAAAGUGUUCAGAUUAGCCAGUUUUACUGAGCCAGCACUAUACAGUCAUUAGGAGAUAUAGACAACAUAUUACAAUGAUACCAUAAUGGUCUGAGUUUGAAAUCUCAAAGAGUUCACUUGGGUUGACUUUACAAAUGAAAAACCUGUUUUGUCAAACAAACUCAAGAGAAGGCAAUAUGUAGAUAACUAGUCAAGUAUGAUCAUUGUUAUACACAGUACAGCUAUAACUGUAAUGUCGAGUUACUCAGCUGCUGUACAAUGUGUUACAGCUGUAAU